CAGGAGGAUGUUAUUUAAACAGCCCCGUGGCGCGCGCGCACCAUUAGUUGACAAAGUUCUUGACAAACUUCUCCGCCUUUGUUUGUUCUGCUGAAACGGAGCCAGAGCCUCGGCAUAACCCGCCAUGUAGGCUCCGCGGGUCGUUACACUAUACGUGGAUACUGGCUGUUGUGUUUCGGGGUCCGGAAAGCGCCGACUCCAGGGACGGACAAUCCGGCAUGAUUUGGCCGUGGGCAGUGCACUGGGUUACGCUGGUGUUGGUGUACCCGGCCGUGGCUCAGUACUCCAGCGACCUGUGUAGCUGGCGAGGAAGCGGUCUGAGCCACGAGUCUCAUCGCAGAGAUGUGGAGCAGAUCUACUUACGUUGUUCCCAGGGCUCGAUGGAGUGGCUCUACCCGACCGGCGCCAUCAUCAUCAACCUGCGUCCAAACACAGAACCCUCACCAGGACACAUGGCGGGUCUCCAUGUGUGCAUCAAACCCCAGCUUCACUCGCAGGGUUCACACUUGUAUUUGGAGCGAGCUGGUGAUCUGAGGCUGCUGAUGGCUGAAAGUGAGCACCCUCAGGGGGGUGUGCGCUGCUUCAGCCACGCUGAUGGAGCUCUGUUUGUGGAGGCCGUUCCUCAAACAGACAUCAGUCGGAGGAUUACCGCUUUCCAGUACGAGCUGGUGCCCAGUCAGGGUCCUGGGGCACACUUGUACCCACACCUAGAGCCUGGUUUUGUCACAUGUGAACCUUGUUCAGAUGAAGAGGUCCUCAUGGCAGUUUGCACCAGUGACUUUGCAGGCAGAGGUGUCUUUCAAGGGGUGCUGCCAAGCACUGACGAACACUCUCAAACUGCCGCCGUGGUUCUGAGUCGGCUCCAUCAUCAGAAGAGCGGGGUGUUUACCGGUGGUGGGGGAAGAGUGCGGCACUGGACCGGACGGGUUAAUGUUCCAGUACAGUGCGGCGUUCCCCCCGGUGGAGAUGACUACCUUUUUACCGGCUCGAUCCAUUUUGGAGAGGCGUGGCUUGGCUGCGCACCUCGCUACAAAGACUUCCUGAGGCUGUACGUUGGAGCACAGAGAGCAGGAAGCAACCCCUGUCACAUAGACGCUGACUGAAAACACAGUGGACAGUUUAAAAACUGUUAGAGAAUGAAGCUCAUCAUCAUCAUGAAAGGACACUCCUGCAGGAUGUGCCACCUAUUGUUGCUGUGCAGCAAAACUGUUACAAUGGACCUCUGCCAAGGCUUUGUCACCUGAAAAAUCAAUGAGUGCCUGGCUUCCACCGACAAUGUUAAAUACGGAAAAGCAGGUUCCUCCUUCAGGUUCCAACAGAAGCAUUUAUCCUUAUAAACGACCUACACGGCUGCUUAGGACCCCUUGGCCAAUAGUGACAUCAUCAGUCAUGAAUUAGCCAUGGACCUGCACAUGUCCAAAACUGCUGCUGGGUUUCAAGAGAAUAAAACGUACAAAGGUCCUGCAUACGUGCAACAAAUAACAGCCUGCUUCUAAAUGUUACUUUAGUUCUUUACUUUAUUUCUCAUGGUAUUUUUAAUUACUGACAAAUGCGCAACCUUUGACUGUAUUUGGCUGUCAAUACACAGAUUUUUAUUUUUUUUAAUGGCUUCAUCAACGUUUGAGAAAAACAUAACAAACUUGGUGGAGGAAACUGGACAAUUAACUCCUUUGUCAUAUUUGAAUGUACUCAUUUGGCUGUUCACUCUUUUGUUUUUUGUACAGUAGAGACCAGCGGAUGAAUGUUGAAUUUAAAUUAUUUGCCAAAUUUUGGAGGGGCCUAAUGAAAUGAAAGUUUGCUUUGUAAAAAGCUUUCUGUAAAAAAAACAACAAAAAAUCUUCUGACAGAAGUGAACUGUAUGCAACUCUGUGAGUUUAUAUGCUGUUUGUGUUUGCUGGAGUCUUUAUAUUUACAGAAAAUAAAUGGAGUUCAUUAUUA